CGAGGCGGCGGCGGCGGCGGCGGCGGCAAGGCACUGCGGCGCGAGCGGCGCGGAUCGGCGAGACGCGAGCCCAGCGAGCCGCAGGCAGGUGAUAAGGGAUGACGCUAAUCUCCGUCUGAGAAUCCCGCGUUCCAGGUGCUGAAGAGAGCUACCUCUGCGCUCCUGGCUUGAACAAGCCUUCACUGCAGCCACGCCAGGGCAACACUUGUGUAGGUUGCUCAACUUCCUUAAUGAUGGGUAUCGGCAAGAACACGACCUCCAAAUCAGUGGAGGCUGGUGGUUCCACGGAAGGCAAAUAUGAAGAGGAAGCGAAGCACCCCAAUUUCUUCACUCUCCCGGUGGUGAUCAACGGAGGGGCCACGUCCAGCGGCGAGCAGGACAACGAAGACACUGAGCUCAUGGCCAUCUACACAACGGAAAAUGGCGUCGCAGAGAAGAGUUCUCUUGCAGAGACCCUAGACAGCACCGGGAGUCUGGAUCCCCAGAGGUCAGAUAUGAUCUACACUAUAGAGGAUGUUCCUCCCUGGUACUUGUGCAUAUUCCUGGGGUUGCAGCACUACCUGACGUGUUUCAGCGGCACAAUCGCCGUGCCCUUUCUGCUGGCUGACGCCAUGUGUGUGGGGGAUGACCAGUGGGCCACCAGCCAGCUCAUCGGGACCAUUUUCUUCUGCGUGGGAAUCACUACAUUGCUGCAGACAACAUUUGGAUGCAGGUUACCCCUGUUUCAGGCCAGUGCUUUUGCAUUUUUGGCCCCUGCUCGAGCCAUCCUGUCUUUAGAUAAAUGGAAAUGUAACACCACAGAGAUUACAGUUGCCAAUGGAACGGCAGAGUUGCUGGAGCACAUCUGGCAUCCCCGGAUCCAGGAGAUCCAGGGAGCUAUCAUCAUGUCCUCAUUGAUAGAAGUGGUCAUCGGCCUCCUUGGCCUGCCGGGGGCUCUGCUGAGGUAUAUUGGACCCCUGACCAUCACACCCACCGUGGCCCUCAUUGGCCUCUCUGGUUUCCAGGCAGCAGGAGAGAGAGCGGGGAAGCACUGGGGCAUUGCCAUGCUGACAAUUUUCCUAGUGUUACUAUUCUCGCAGUAUGCCAGAAAUGUUAAAUUUCCUCUCCCAAUUUACAAAUCCAAGAAAGGAUGGACUGCAUACAAAUUACAACUUUUCAAAAUGUUUCCUAUAAUCCUGGCCAUCCUCGUGUCCUGGCUGCUCUGCUUCAUCUUCACGGUGACCGAUGUCUUCCCUUCCAACAGCACCAACUACGGCUACUACGCACGCACAGACGCCAGGAAGGGCGUGCUUCUGGUAGCCCCGUGGUUUAAGGUUCCAUACCCAUUUCAGUGGGGGAUGCCCACCGUCUCUGCGGCCGGCGUCAUCGGCAUGCUCAGUGCUGUGGUCGCCAGCAUCAUCGAGUCCAUCGGUGACUACUAUGCCUGUGCCAGGCUCUCCUGCGCCCCGCCACCUCCUGUCCAUGCAAUAAACAGGGGUAUUUUUGUGGAGGGUCUUUCCUGUGUUCUCGAUGGCAUAUUUGGUACUGGGAACGGUUCUACCUCCUCCAGUCCCAAUAUUGGAGUUUUGGGAAUUACAAAGGUUGGCAGCCGCCGAGUGAUCCAGUAUGGCGCAGCACUCAUGCUGGGCUUGGGCAUGAUUGGCAAGUUCAGUGCCCUGUUUGCAUCCCUCCCAGACCCUGUGCUCGGAGCCCUCUUCUGCACGCUCUUUGGAAUGAUCACAGCUGUUGGCCUCUCUAACCUGCAGUUCAUUGACUUGAACUCUUCCCGGAACCUGUUUGUGCUUGGAUUUUCCAUCUUCUUCGGGCUUGUUCUUCCAAGUUACCUCAAACAAAACCCUCUGGUCACAGGUAUAACAGGAAUUGAUCAAGUACUGAAUGUCCUUCUCACAACUGCGAUGUUCGUAGGAGGCUGUGUGGCUUUUAUUUUGGACAACACCAUCCCAGGUACCCCAGAGGAACGAGGAAUCAAGAAAUGGAAGAAGGGUGUGAGCAAAGGGAACAAGUCUCUUGAUGGCAUGGAGUCCUACAAUUUGCCAUUCGGCAUGAGCAUUAUUAAAAAGUACAGAUGCUUCAACUACCUGCCUAUAAGCCCAACGUUUGCAGGCUACACAUGGAAAGGCUUUGGGAAGAGUGAGUCCAGCCGGAGUUCAGACAAAGACUCCCAGGCCACAGUAUAGCCUUUGCUGUGCCCUGUGGCCUGGCCACAGUGAGGCGUGUAUCUGUAGUCCCUUGCUGAGUAACAAGAAGAUAUAUGUUUGUAUAUCUACAUUGGCAUCCUGCACCUCAGAGCUAAGACAGGUUGCACAUCACUCUUCUGUUGUGGGUGGUGAUUGUGUCCAAUAUGGUGUCUCGCUUGUCUCCUUAUUGGUCCCUUACCCUUUUCAUGUCUGUUGCUGGCCUUGGUCACUGAACUUGAAACCACAGUCCUGCCAUUGGAGUGGGCAUUGGAAUCUGUAGUGGUCCUGCUUUCAGCUCCCUGCUGCGCAGACUCUUUCCUGCAAGCCACUUCAAGGUACAGGGAUUUCUGCUUCUUAAACACUAUGGCCCGCUCUUUUCGCCUGACCUCAACCUGAGCCCUGUGGAGACCUCCUCUGGCCAAGGGGCCACCAGUGUCUUUACUUUGUCACAUCUGCCUGGUCAGAGUGAUUCUGUUGUCCCCAAUACCCAGGAGCCUAUUGACAUGACUGACUGGUGACAUGGCCGUCCUGUGCCCAGAUGUGAGCAUGCGUAAGGUCUGCAUAGCUGUGACCAGGAGGAACUCUGUUUAGGAGAUUGACAGGGAUGAAAAGGUCCUGAGGCAGUGGGAUUCUCAACUACCCUCCUCCUUGCCACCCUGCCCCAUCCAGGUCAGCACAGUUCCUACUAGUCCGUUUUCCUGGCUGAGACAACCUGUUUGGCAUUCUCACUGCUGGCUGGUGUGACGGGUAUAGAGUGCGCACAGAUAUGGGCACCCUGGCUCUGCUGUCCUGUACUGUUUCAUGUGUUUUGUUCCUAUUUAAUGUUAUGACUAUAGCGGACUUUUGAAAUCAGUGUUUUUCCAUGUGAAGUUCUAAUCUUGCAUUCUAUUCCUUGUCCUCUACCCUUUACCCCUUUAAGAAAAGAACCAGCAUCUGUAAACUGGGUACCAUCAGGGAAGCUUCUUGGAAUGGCUAUCCAAGGCCAGUGACCAUUGUUGUGGGUGUGUUUUGUACUGCUCGAUACCAUGAAAGUGUAAAUACUGUAAUGUCUAAUCUAUUUAUCACAACUGACUACUGGACCAGAACCCAGAAACAUGGGCCGAGUUACAUGUGAAUUUGUUUGGUGAAGAAGGGAACCUGGGACAGUAAUCCAGCAUCACCACAUGGAAUGUGCCAUUUCCUUCUGUUGCAAGUCAUUGCUGGUAGAUCUGGCCUAAUAAGACUUUGUGUGGGUUGUCAGGUCACAUGUCCACUUAGCCAAAUAGCUUGUGUAAUUGGUUGCAGAAGAUAGUAAAAAAAGCAGCUACCGGCGCCCUCUGUGAAGUAUUCUGAUCACACACUCUUGCUGACAAAUGACUUGUAUUGAAUUUGGUUUUCAAGCCAAGGGAAAAGCCUGAGACAUAGAGUAAUGACCUUGCUUCGUGCGAUGGUACCUCUUAAGUCACUGUGGACCUGGCUGAACUGUGUGGCAGUGAGCAUUCCUGCCUCGCUUAGCAAGGCGUGACUCUCGGUAGCCUUCUCCACAGUAUGUGUCUCUGGGCCCCGGCCCCCAGGCUGGCUCGGUGUCACCACAUUGCUAGGCCUUUGUCUUCAUCUUUGCAGCACUCAUGAGAGUUUGGGGUUUCCAUAACACCUCACCUCAGAGCCACUGCAUUGUUUUGCCAAACUCUUACUCCAGAUUAAGUAAAGAACUUGGUUUCUACUUGCAUUUAGCUCUAUGUGUUUUCUGAAGUGUAUUCAGAGUAAUCAGUGCUUUGGAAGCGUGUUGGUGGGUAGGUGCCCUUUGUCCCUCCUUCCGUAGCAAGCCUGUGAGGCUGAGAGCUCACCUGCUCUGCGUUCACUCUGUUGCCUCAGUCAGCGUGUUGCUUGGUAAUCCAGCUUCUCUGGAAGCUUCUGGGAUUUCCAGUAUUGCGGUGCAGGAGUCCACACAGCAGCAUGAGAACGGCCAGUGAUCCGAGCCCGGUGUCCUGCCUGCUGCACAGCCUGCUGAGUGCUGCCCCAAGGCUUCCCGCUCAGUUGGUCACAUUUUGCUCUGGUCACUAUUAGUUUGGGGCAUGGGCUCAGCAAGAAUCUACAUAUGAUCAAGGAAGUGCUGUGCCAUCAUCUCCAGGGAAGCAGGCUUCCCUGCUUCUCCAGAACUGACUGUUGAUGUUCUUGGAAGGAAGAGGCAGGUGGGAAGAGAGAGAGCGGCCCGGCCAGGUGCCUCCCCGGAGUUGUGUACUUUCUGUACAGCCUUGAGUGAUUGGCACCUCGUAACAACUGGGAAGGUUUGUCCAUGCAGCAUGUCGUCCCCCAGAACAUUAGGGAAUGUGCGUUUAUGUGCCUGGAGGGGGUUUUUAGGGCGUGGGGGCAUGGUGCCAUGUGUGGUCAGUCUGGUAGACCUUGUGUCUGGCUUGUGGAGCUGCACUCUAGGACUCGCUGUGUUUUGUCUGCCAUUGGGCAGUUCAGAAGUAUUUCAGACAUGAACAUCCUUACAGGGCAUUCCAUCUCUUCUUCUCACAGUGAACACUUGCCUCCUGCCUUUACCCGAGAGCCAGCAUCUGUAUCCGCAGAGAAAACAGAAGGUGGGAACAAGGACAGGAAAGGGUUCCCUGUGCAGGAGACCCAGGUUGGAGGUCAUGGGAAAUGGCACCAGUCUUUUUAAGUGAUUUUCUUCCUCAUUUAUGGGUUAGAGCUUGAUUCAUUGGGACGUUUACGCUCAGAGUCUUUCUGAAGAGGGUUUCCGGUUAUUGGGAUUAAUCCGGCAAGAGAAGUGGCUUUACCAGGCCAGCUGGAGUGAAACAUUGUGGGUCCUGCUGGUACCCAUUUCCACGGUAACAAAUUCACAUGCAGGAUUUACUUUAUACUGUAGAAUACUGACUUUCAUGAUGACAACUUGAUUUAUGCAUGAAUAUCACAGUAUUUCCAUAUAGUAAAAUAACAUUUCUGCCCAGGAUAAUAGUCACAGUUUUCCAGGGAGGGAAUGAUAUAAUUUUCAUGACAAUGUCAUGUGCUGAUAGAAUUUCUCCAUUGAUGAACCUCUAGUAUGUGUGUAUACUUUAUUUUACCCAUGUGUAUAUUUUAUGAUCAUGAUCUAAACUGUUAGUUCUUUCAUUCAUGUCCCUGCUGAGACACUGAUAUUAGCAACUUAGAGUUGGCAAGUUUAAUCAUCAGUCAGACCAGUGCUGCAGAGGUGAAGCCUCAGUGUGGAACCAUCUGGCUAGAAAAGAGGCAGCAUCCUGCAGGUGGCUCUGCUGGGGAUGGACAUUUGGCUGCUGGUACCAGGCUUGGCAUGGCUUAGAGUGAGGGGCCUAAUUACCCAGUUGUUGCUGGACGCCAGCUGUGCAUACCCAAGCAUGUCCACUGCAUCCUGGGUUAGUGCACAGCUGGACCCGAGCUUUCACAGAGCUCUGGUCUCCAGGAAACUGUCUCUUGGAUCAGGGUUUCACAUACUGUACUUAGUUCUCAGUCCCCUCAAGAUUUGGACACAGAAUAGGACAUCUUCCACUUUCUAUGCUUCCUACAGUCAGAACUCCAGUAGUGCAAGAAGGUCCCCUAUGUGCCAGCAUCAGCUCUCACCCAUGGAACCUGAAGCACAGUAGUGCUGGGGUCCCUUUUCAGCAGCCUCAAGACCCCAUCCUUCCAGGAUGUUGACUGCCUUGUCACCUCUCAGACACCCAGCAUUCUCAGGUUGCUGUAUGUUUCCUGGUGUUUAGAACACUCAUACCAACCAUUGCUAUCCGACGCCAUCUGACAGCUCAGUGAACAUCCUUUUCUGUCCGUUCCUAACAACUUAUUUGACACAUUAAUAAGUUCCUGACUGUCCUUAAAACAGUAGAGAUGCCUCUAUUUUAUUUGAGUUUUGUGACUGACUUUACCUAUAUAUCUUUCUGGGAUUUUGUUUGUUUUUAAUUUUUAUUUUGCAUACUGAGGGUAUUUGGGGUGGGGGUUGUUUUUUGAGAUGUGUAAUUCUUUUAUGGAGUUUUUAAAAAGAAUUUUCAUAUUGUUUUUCUAACAUGGCUUCAUUAAACGUUUAAGUAUUUUAAAAAUAUGUAAUAUUUGGACCAGAUGUUGUGAAUAAUAGUAGAGAUAAAGCUAUUUUAUUCUGUAUUUUUAAAACUGUUCCGUACGAAUAAAAGCUCUCCUGGAUGUA